CUCUAUAUAAGCACCUUCUCAGUUUCUACUUUCUAGCUAGGGAGCUUCUGUUACACUUCCAUUAAUGGCUUCCAAAACCUUUCUGCUGAGUUCCUUCUUCUUUGCCACUAUUCUAUUGACCUUGUGCUUCAAGCUCUCAACGGCUCAAAUGGUGCCGGCGAUGUUCAUUUUCGGCGACUCACUUGUCGACGUCGGCAACAACAAUCAUCUUCCUGUUUCUAUUGCCAAAGCAAACUUUCCUCACAAUGGUAUCGAUUUUCCUACCAAGAAAGCCACCGGAAGGUUUAGCAAUGGCAAGAACGCUGCAGAUUUUCUCGCUGAGAAAGUGGGCUUGCCUAGUUCACCCCCAUAUCUAUCCCUGUCAUCGAAGAAUGCCUCUGCCUUCAUGACUGGCGUCAGCUUCGCAUCCGGUGGUGCUGGAAUCUUCAAUGGCACAGAUCAAACUCUGCGACAAUCCAUGCCCUUGACACAGCAAGUAGGUGACUAUGAAUCGGUGUAUGGAGUGUUGGUGCAAAAGCUGGGAUCCUCUCCUGCACAAAAAUUGUUAUCUAAAUCCCUAUUUGCUAUAGUCAUCGGUAGCAAUGACAUCUUUGGUUACUCAAACUCAUCCGAUCGCAACAAGAGCACCCCUCAAGAAUAUGUGGAUUUGAUGAUUCUCACAUUGAAACAACUAGUACAGAGAAUAUACGCUUAUGGUGGACGCAAGUUUUUUAUUUCUGGAGUUGCGCCAAUUGGAUGUACUCCGUCACGAAGGGUCAGGAUCCAAUCAGAAGCUUGCAAUGAAGAAAUUAAUUCAAUGGCUGUUACGUAUAAUGAAAGGCUAAAGUCAAUGUUGCAAAAACUGAAUUCAGAGCUCAAGGGUGUUUCUUACUCCUAUUUUGAUGCCUAUGCCAUGUUGGAAAACAUCAUUCAAAAACCAGCCACAUAUGGGUUUACAGAGGUGAAAGCUGCCUGUUGUGGACUUGGGACCCUAAAAGCCAAGGUGCCGUGUUUACCCAUAGCUAAGUAUUGUUCCAACAGAAAAGAUCAUGUGUUCUGGGAUCUUUUUCAUCCAACAGAGGCAGCUGCUCGGAUACUUGUGGAUACUGUUUUCGAUGGUCCAUCACAGUAUACAUAUCCCAUGAAUGUGAGGCAGCUGAUUACAGUUUAAUUAAGCUUUAGAAACACACACAUAACAAUAUCACUUGUGGAAGAAGGUGUGAGUUAAUUGCACCAAAAGAAACGACAAAUAGGAUGGAUAUAUAUAUAUAUAUAUAUAUAGGAGGAAGGCAUGCAGUGGUGUUGUAGCCAUUUAGCUAGGUCGAUUUAUUCAAUUAUUCUCUUCCUCUGUCUUUAUUUAUUCAACAAUAUCAGUUAUGGUCGAUUUACGAUAGUGUUCUAACACUGAAACAAAACAAGUGUAGCAAUAAAUUAAGAUGCAUAUGAUAAAAGAAUUCAUGCUGUUUAAUUUCUUGAAUGCAGAAAUAUAAAUAGCUAAAUAUCAUAAGCAAUUUGGUUGCUUUUGCUUUUCA